GCCGGGAGCGCGCGGCGCUGAAGUGAGCAGCUGCAGCGGAAUGUGAGGAAUCCGAGCGUCCGCUGCCCGCCCGACCGACGGCUGCUCGUCUCCGCUCUGCCCGCACACCCAGCGAACGGCGCCCGCCUGCCUCUCAGCUGCUCGCCUCCCUGCUCGUGGAAGACGGUUCAACAAGGAAAAGAAAAUGUCUCAAGCUGAGAAAAUGAAGCAGGGCCAGUUUACCAACCCAGAGACUCCAGGUUACGUCGGGUUCGCCAACCUACCAAACCAGGUUCACCGCAAGUCUGUUAAGAAAGGCUUUGAGUUCACCCUCAUGGUUGUUGGUGAAUCUGGACUCGGGAAAUCCACCCUGAUCAACAGCCUCUUCCUCACAGACCUUUACCCCGAGAGAGUCAUCCCUGGAGCUGCAGAGAAGAUUGAGAGGACGGUGCAGAUCGAGGCGUCCACGGUAGAAAUCGAGGAGAGAGGAGUGAAGCUCCGCCUGACGGUGGUGGACACUCCGGGCUACGGAGAUGCCAUCAACAGCCAGGACUGUUUCAGCACCAUCAUCAGUUACAUCGAUGACCAGUUUGAGCGCUACCUCCACGAUGAGAGCGGUCUGAACCGCAGACACAUCGUCGACAACAGAGUUCACUGCUGCUUCUACUUCAUCUCGCCUCUCGGCCACGGCCUGAAACCUCUGGACGUCCAGUUCAUGAAGGCCAUUCACAACAAGGUGAACGUGGUUCCGGUCAUCGCCAAGGCGGACACCCUCACCCUCAGAGAGCGGGAGAGGCUGAAGCGACGGAUUCUGGAUGAGAUUGACGAGCACGGGAUCAAGAUCUAUCACCUUCCUGAUGCUGAGUCGGAUGAAGAUGAAGACUUCAAAGAGCAGACCAGGAUCCUCAAGGCUAGCAUCCCCUUUGCAGUGGUCGGUUCCAACCAGCAGAUUGAGGCCAAAGGCAAGAAGGUGAGGGGCCGUCUGUACCCGUGGGGGGUGGUGGAGGUGGAGAACCCAGAGCACAACGACUUCCUCAAGCUUCGGACCAUGCUGAUAACCCACAUGCAGGAUCUGCAGGAGGUGACCCAGGACCUGCAUUACGAGAACUUCCGCUCGGACCGCCUCAAGCGGGGUGGCAGGUUGUCCUCCCAUGGUUAUGUUCUGCCUCUGUCUCCUGCGAAAGCCCCAGAGCCGGAGGAGAUGGACAAGGACAUGAUCCUCCAGGAGAAGGAGGCUGAGCUGAGGAGGAUGCAGGAAAUGAUCGCACAGAUGCAGGCUAAGAUGCAGAAGACUGGCGAGGAAUGAGCAGCUGUGCGCGUGGGACGUCCUCGGUGGCGCCGCUGAUGGACCAGGCCGACCUGUUCUGCUCAUCGCUCUUGCUUGAAGUUAUUUUUAAUACCUAGUUACUUCCAUUCAAACAGUAUUGUUUCUAUCAUGACGUAGCAGCGUUUCUUUUUGUAUUAAACCUUUCCAGACUAUGAGACCCACUUAUGAAUAUGAAUUGUUUACUGGGAUAUUCUGCAGCUUCUCUUUUUUUUUAUAUAUAUAUAAAGCAUUGCUGCUUCAUUGGGAGAAUCAGUUCUGCAAACCUUUCCCCACAUGUUUGUGGUUUCGAGCACAGUUUCAGCUGUCAGCAGCUCCUGAUCUGCUCUGUAGCAGCUUUUCUUCCACAGACCUGCAGAUUGCUGUUACCGGUUCUUCCUCCUCUGUUCACUUGUGCCAUUUCCAGAUCAGUGUUCAGAUGUGAAACUGCCUUCCAGUGAUGAUGAGCUCCCAGAACUCUUUCCAGUUGAGUGGGAGGUGAGCGAGGAGCAGUCCCUGUGGGGUUUAGGUACCCCGACUCCUCCUCUGCAUGCCAAGUGUUGAAGGAUGGGUGCCGCAGCGCUGCAACCCCAAAAGGAAAACGUUUCCCCUCACCAGCCCAGACGCCACUUCCUGACAUUCCUGUCUGCUGUUUUUAUCCAACAUUGAAGUACCAAAUGUUCUUAUGCAUUUAUUAUAAUAAAGGUUUUAUUCAACUUGA